GACAGACAAAGCGACAAACUGACACUCCAACUAACUCUACCACCUUCCUCUUGAUGAUAAAAGAAGGUUUCAUUUUCAUGUGCAAUGAGUCCUUAGCAAACGAACACAACGUUUCGGAGUGAAUUAAUUAAACACAUUUAGUCUGGAGAGCUUCGCUCAGAGCUUUCUAGAUCCUCCUGAAACGAUUAUCUCACCAUAGAACGAAUCAAUCCUCAGAGGCUAGAUCAAAUCUAUCGCCAUGUCUGGCUCUGUACCUCAGAAUCCCACUGCACAGCAUGUCGCUGCCCUUCUUCCCAAAUUGAGCGACGCCGACUCAGAUUUCCGGUACAUGUCCUUGAACGACUUGUAUAACAUACUCAACAAUGGCCAUCCUGGAUUUCUACUCAAUGACCAAAGCGUCUGCAUCCGAACAGCAGACGGGUUGCUAAAGACGUUGGACGACCAGAACGGCGAAGUGCAGAAUUUGGCUAUAAAAUGCUUAGGGCCUCUAGUUCAUAAGGUGCCGUCCGGUAUAUUAGCCCCAUUGAUCGAGAAGCUUUCGAACCUUACUACUACGAAUGCCGUUGACAACUCGAUUGCGGCCACCGCCCUACGAACAGUCGUAGAGACCCUUCCUCGACCGGUCUAUGGAUUGCCCCCGUCACGGCCUGCACAGGACGCAUAUUCGGCUAUCAGCAGGGUCUUAAUACCACGCUUAGUUGGCUACAAUGCCCUUGGACCGAAACAGGUAUCAAAGUUGUCACCCGGAAUGCUCGAAGUAACCCCCGAGAAGGGUGUGGAUAGUGAUGCCUUGGACGUCUUGACAGAGAUCGCGCGCUGCUUUGGUCCAGUCCUUCAAGACGCUGAAAUCCAGGCAUUGCAAGAAGCUGCUUUCAAUAUACUAAAGAAUGCCUCCACAAGUUCAGUCGUCAAGAAGAAAGCUGUUUAUGCAACUUCAAUCCUGGCGGUUUAUUUCCCCGAUGAGCUGCUCAGUUCAUUCAUCUCACAAGUUAUCGAGAACCUUCGCGACCCCCAUUUGACUUAUUCCAAGAGAAGGACCUUGAUUGGCACGGUGGGCUCUCUCGCACGAUCGAUUCCUCAGAAAUUUGGCCCCUAUUUGAGGACACUGGCACCGUUUGUACUGAGUGCGUUGAGCGAGCAGGAACUCGAUGAACAGAUGCAAGACGUUGAGGAUGAGGAUGGACAGGAUCCUGAGGCGGAUGAAGUUCGUGAAGCUGCUUUGGUCGCAUUGGAUGCUUUCCUUUCGUCCUGCAGUUCCGAAAUGCGGCGUUUCACCGAGGAGUCCAUUCAGGCUGGCCUUCGCUUCCUGAGAUAUGACCCCAACGUGGCCAAUACCGAUGACGAUGAUAUUGACGAAUAUGAAGACUCUGAUGGAGAUAUCGAAGAAGAUGAGGAUUUUGAGGAGGAAGGUGGUUUCAGUGAUGACGACGACAUGAGCUGGAAGGUCAGGCGAUGCGCUGCCAAGGUCCUGUAUACGAUCAUUUCUACACGUGCCAAUGGCGAUCUCUUAGAGGAUGGGACGCUGUACGAACAGAUUGCUCCGGUACUCGUAAGCCGCUUCAAAGAGAGGGAAGAUAACGUUCGACUGGAGAUCUUGGCAACGAUGAGUUCACUGGUCCGGAAAACGGGCGAGGGUGUUCCCGUGUUAAGCAGCCCGGCUCAGGAAGAUGGUCUCGCCUCGGCCAUGGGGCCGCCCAUGAGCAGAAAAAGAAGACGAGGUAGCGAUACUAGCAUGUUUGACGUUCAAACUUCUAUUUCUCUCUCUACUGGCGUAGCAUCUCCUGCGGUGCAGUCGCCCCCUUCAUCGGGGCCAAAGGCGAAUCUGGCUGACCUAGUGCCCUCUAUUAUCACUGAGAUUUCCAAGCUUCUCAAAGGGCAUUCAAUUCCUACCAAGCAGGCUUCUAUCUCUCUGCUGAGAGACAUUGUCAAUGUGCAGCGUGGCGGGUUAUCUGAUUUUCUGGGUCAGAUCAUGGCGCCGUUAGUGGAUGCUGUGAAGGUGGCUAGCUCCGUUGGAGGCUCCAUGUCAACGGCCACAGCCGCUACUGGAAGUGCAGCAUCUGCAACGGGCGGCACCCUUCGAAUUGAGGCCCUUGCUUUGACCAGUGCCAUAAUCGAGACUCACCCAUCUGCGGUUCUGCAGCCAUACCUCGCCAAGCUGGUUCCUGCCAUUGUGGUGGCCAUUACUGACAAGUCUUACAAGGUGUCGACUGAAGCUCUUGGUACCACCGAGCAGCUCAUCAAAGCGCUUACGCCUCCACGUGGUACUGGCAACCAACACUCCGAGGAGUACUUGCUUCAACUUUAUGAUGCGGCUAUUAAUCGAGUAGCUGCCACUGAAGCCGACUUGGAAGUCAGGCAGCGCGCAAUUCAUGCUCUAGGUGUCUUGCUCGCUCGCGCCUCCGGCCAUCCCAGCCUCCUUUCGGCGGAGAAGAGAACCAGAGGCCUGGAUGUUCUUCUCGAUAGACUCCGGAACGAGACCACUCGACUUGCGGCUGUUCGUGCAAUUGAUGCAGUUGCCUCCAUGGCGAGUGACAAGAAGGAAUUUUCGGCUCCCUGGGUGCAGCAAGUUGCACUAGAACUCGGCGCGCAGCUUCGCAAGGCAGACAGAUCGCUACGCGGCGCCAGCCUCGGUGCAUUGAAGAACCUAGUGUUGAAUCCCAACGGACUUGCGAAUUUGGACGAUCAGACAAUCGCCGGUCUAGUUGAUCUAUUGUCGCCACUUCUGACGGUUGAUGAUCUUCAUCUUCUCGGUCCUGCUCUCAUCGUCCUGGCGAAACUGGCUCAUGGCAAUGCCAAAUUAGUGGCGAAAGACGAUAUAAACAAAGCUUUGUGCAGCAUCGUAGUUGCCCCGCUUAGCGGUUUCGUUCUCGAUCCGUUACUCAGCCUGGUCGCAGCGAUCGGUGAGCAGGGCGCCGGGGGGCCACUUAUGCAAGGGUUAUUGAAGGAUGUUGGAGUUGGCGGUGAUCCGACCGUUGUAGGCAAAGCUCUAGGAACGCUCUUAGUGCAUGGCCAGUCUACGGUUGGCGUUGAGCUAAAUGACUUUGUUGCAGAGCUACAGUCUGCAUCGGACGAUCAGCGCAAGUGUUUGUCUUUGGCUGUUCUCGGGGAAGCUGGGCUGCGCCUGGGCUCAUCGUACUCUCUUACUCCUGAUCUUUUCAUUUCAUACUUUUCAUCAAAGUCCGAUCAAGUGUCUCUCGCAGCCUCAAUUGCUCUGGGUAGAGCAAGUGCAGGAAAUGUGGACAAGUAUCUCCCUGUAAUCCUGUCCACGUUGCCCGAGGCUGGCAACUCGCAGUACUUGUUCCUGCACUCUAUCAAAGAAGUUCUGCAGCAUGCGAACGAGCCGAAGACGAACAUUGCUCCAUUUAGCAGACAAAUUUGGGACACUCUUAUCACGUCGACGCAGUCGGAAGACAACAAGGCUGUUGGAGCUGAGUGUCUUGGAAGGCUGGCAGUGGUUGAUCCUCGAAACUAUCUUCCACUUCUUCAGUCUUGCCUGCAAGACCGUAUCGUUGCAGUCCGCAGCAUGGCCAUUCAAGCAAUCCGAUACACCCUUACCGAGGCCGAUGAUGCCUACGAAGAUGCUCUUCGACCAAACCUCGUUGGCAUUUUCGUCACCAUGUUGACCGACGUUGAUUUAGAAAACCGACGUUUGGCAUUAAGCUCGCUCAAUUCUGCCGUGCACAACAAGCCAGAACUGGUGAUGCCUAACCUGGGCCAACUCCUUCCCAUUGUCAUGAAGGAAACAAAUAUCCGAGCCGAGCUCGUGCGGGAAGUCCAAAUGGGUCCAUUCAGACACAAGGUCGACGAUGGCCUAGAAGUCCGAAAGUCUGCAUACGAAACUCUCUAUGCGCUUUUGGACACGGCUUUUUCACGAAUCAAUGUAUCUGAUUUUUACGAUCGAGUCAUUGCCGGCCUAGACGACGAGCAUGACAUUCGCGUCCUGUGCAACCUGAUGUUGACUAAACUCAUCGCUCUUGCGCCCAAUGAGACGGGUAUGCGUCUCGAUGCCAUUGCCGACCGGUUCCGCGCCAUUCUGUCGUUCAAGCCUAAAGAUAAUGCGGUCAAGCAAGAACUCGAAAAAGUCGCCGAGGCUAACAAGGGUGUACUCCGCGUCAGUUUGCAACUUUCUCGUGCAUUCCCCGGAGCUGGUUCCAAUCCGACGAGUAUUCCGUAUUCUCAGUCCUGGCCACUCUUUUGGGACUGGGUUCGUCGAGAUUUUGCGGGGCAGUUGAAGACUGUAGAGGACGAGUCCAAGGGACAGGCUGUCUAAGCUGUCAGGGUCAUCUCAAACACAUUUUCCUACCUAGGUUCGGCUUGAGCUACGCGCAACGGUCAAGCACACUGCCCUAGUCGGGCAUAUGCAAUUGUUGCUGCAAAGGGCAUCAUAUUUUUUUUUUAUCUUGCCAUGAUUUUUUGCCUAGUAGUAGCAUAGCGCAGUGCAUAUCCCAUCGUCUCUGUAAAUGACGCCAAAAGAAAAAAGGGUUCAAAAAGCAGUCAUGGUCAUAAGAAAUGUCAAAUUUAGAUUGUCAGCC